GCGAUGGAUAUAAUAUAGUGCGCUAGAGUCCCAACAUCCUCUGUAUACCGUAGUCCCUGUUCUACCACAAACAGGACGGGUUCAGAUUGUACAUUGGAUUAGGGAUAGCCCUCAGCAUGAAAUCAUGCACAUAAAAUGUAGAUUAUAUACGCGAAGGCACAAUUAAAAUUCCGCGCAUGCUCACGCGUACUAUAUAUAUAUACUAUACACCGCGGAAGGCUUGGGUUCUGAGGCUGUUUGCGACGACGAAGCGCUGGAACUCGGCUGGAACUUUCUCUUCACCGGGUUACCUCACUGUUUUCUCAGUUACCGACACUACGUAAAAGGCCCGCGGUAUGGAGGACUUUGCGAGUCUGACUGCAGAGGCUAGAAGCCAUGACGACAACCGCGAAGAGACGUCGCCAACCCAAAAGUACCCGCCAGCUUACCCGCCCAGCUCGGCGACGGCUAUCCCACAGACGGCGGCCGGCGGGUCAGUAACGGCGUCUGUUCUCACGUACCAGCCGCAGCCUUACACGUGGGGGAGCGGUAUCAGCGAAGAGGGACGCGGCAACCUCGGCGGCAACCCCUCGCACGCCGCAGCCGAUCGUAUGUUUGCCAUCAGCGUCUGCAUGUGCAUUGUCUGCUGCCUCUGUGGUUCUCCGCUCACCUUGGCCUGCUUCAUUCCGGCCAUUCUGCUGUCAGCGAAGGUGAAUGACCUUGCAGAAGAUGGGGACAGAACCAAGGCUCUCAACACUGCACGAGUCUUGAUCAUCGUUGGCGCUGUGGCUGGAGUCGUGAUUACAGUCAUUGCUAUCAUAUGGAAUGUCUAUCGAAUACGCAGCCUGCAAAGUGAAGAAGAUCAAAAUGACUAUAACUGAGAGUAUAACCUCACCCACCUGAACAGUACACUGACUCCUAGCUAAUAUAGUAAUAGUAUGGUUGUGUUAUUUGCUCUAAACAGUUUUGCUA